AUGGAGAUUCCAGAGGAUUGUGUCGAGUUCUCAGUCGAUGCUUUCCGCACCCGGGUUGACCUUCUGCAGAGGAUGGAUGAAUCUCCUCACCUCUUUACUCUCUGCGACAACGAAUCACAUGGGAGUAUGAUCAAGGACGAAAAGGCCCUUGUCGUCAAAGGUAAGGGGCUUGAAGGGGUGGCGACUUGCUCCAACUGCCACUCGGCCUUUUACUGCGAUCCCAUUUGCCAGAAGGAGGACUGGACACGACGGCACAAAGCGCAAUGUUCAGCAAUGCGGUCGCGCUACAUCGAGAACGAAUCUAUCAACGCGGGGCUCUCCUAUCAAUAUCGUCUCUUCUCCAUUCAGUUGACUCUAUUGACUCUCGACGGAAUCGAGGACGCUACCGUCACACGGGGCAAGUCGCGUGUCCCGUCAUCCGACACUAUGGCUAUGGAGCUCAUAAAUGACAACGCCAAUUCCCAAAGUGGUCACCCCGCUCCUCACAGCGGCACAGCCUCUAGCCCGUCAGGCUAA